UGACAAUCCGAAUUCUUUUUUGAGAUGUGACUCGUGAAUUCGGUUUAUGAAAGCAUGCUCAUGAUAUAUCAUCAUUAUCUGUAUUCCACAGUUUGAUCGCGUUUUUACGUCACUUCGCAAUCUUUUGUAAUUACCAAUUGUAACUGACGAAUAAAUAGAAUUUCAGACGAUGUUUACCAAUGAUUCAAUCGCUUUGAAAUGCGACAAAUAUGAUGAAUGUAGCAGUAAGUGGUUAGAAUGUCAAGAUAACAUAUACUGCAUACAAGAUUUCGUAGCUGAUUAUAUUCAAUACCGUGUUCGCAUGCGCGGAAAUCAUAGGACACCAAAUUUGAUACAGCCAUGUAGACAAGGUUGCGAGAAUGAUUUGAUUCGUUCUGUGGCUUUAAUUUUUGAGGAGAAACAUGAGGAAGAGCUCCAAAAAAUGGUGGAAAUGUUGUGCGAGAAUGAAAGUUUUUCGUUUAAUAGAUAUAUCGAAAUUAUGGAGCACUUCGUAUGUAUUCGCAAUGAAACACCGUCACAAAUGUCUUAUGGACGUCUGAUAGCACUGAUCGCAUUCACUGGACUGAUUGCUAUACGGUUAAUCGACAUGAAAUGUUUCACGGAAGUUUCAAUGAUUAUGUCAUACACUUCAAUAUUCUUGCAGAAAAGAAUUGCCUUGACAUGGCCACAUCAUAAGCGCUCUUGGAGUAAAUUUUUUGAUCUUGCAAGGACGAUAAUCAAAUUGAACAAAACAGAAGAAGCAGAGUCCAAAGUAGAAAGAAAUGAGUGGUGGUCAGCAAUUAGCAGAUUUGUUGUUUUUGGUGUUCUAAGCAUUGCCGUUUUCACAUUAUUUAAAUUUAUGCUUAGAACAUGA